GUUUCAAUGUACUUUCAGGGUGGGGAGAGGUGCACGGAAGGUGUCAAUGUGGUGGGAAGGUUCGAGGAAGGAAGGAAAGGAAGAAAACGAAAGAGGUGAGUUCAAGAGGUGGACUAUGGACGGAUCGCCCCACCCACGCUCUUCAAAUUACGGUGGUUAGAAAUAGAGGAUGUACAGAGAGGGUAAAAUAGAAUGGAUCGGUGGUUAGAAAGACCAAUUAAAGAUCAGCAAUUGAGAAACCGCGUGCGGCACACCAUCCCUCAGGAGGAAACUGCAAUGCAACCAUGAAGCACUCACCAUGCGCAUAGUUUUUUUAUUUUUUUAUUUUUUUGUAUUUUAAAAUGAAAUAGGAAAAGAGGAUGAGAUGUGAAAGGCAAUGCUGCUAGCUGCUGCUGCUGCCGUCUUUAUUUGAACAAUACGUAUGAUGUUAUGUAAAAUUUCGAUAUUAAGUAUGUAUGGAGCUUAUUAGUCUUUCGGACAUGGUUUAUCUGACAAUAGUAAGUAAGACAAUCCUCUUUUUAACUGUUUGUUUUGUUUGACGCCCGCAUGGUGGACUGACGGAGAAUAAAUUUAGAUUCAUUUUGGUAAACGCGAGAGAAACAAGGGCAACCAUUCCUCCUCUCUUCUCUUCUUUCCAUCUAUCAGGUUUCAGACCUCAUCUGAGCGCUGGGGAUUAACGAAGAGUCGCUGCGUUCUGACUCCUCCUGAUCCAGACAGAGUCUUGGAUUGGAUUUCUGUGGUAGUUGUUUGCACAAGAAUCUCAGGCCCAACCUUCCCCUCUUCUUUUCUUUCUUUCGCUGCAUACAUGCGCGUGCAUGUAUAUGUAGAAGAGAUGCUCGUCUUACUAGGAGCAGGAGGAAGAUGACCAUAUCAAAUCAUCAAUCUUGAGUGACAGAGAUUGAGAGAGACAAUUAUAGAUAACAUGAGUAGACAAUCGGUCGCAGUAGAAGCAGGUGCUUCUCACUUCACCACCUGCCUCUUUCACAAGUUUAUGUGUGGUGCCUGUCUCGAUCCUUCAUACUCCCCAAACUCUUCUGGUAAAGGCAAAAGUAAAUCUUCCAUUAAAAAAUCGUCCCAUGGCUUCCACUUGGUCGAGGGCAAGUCUGGUCAUGCUAUGGAAGAUUACCAUGUCGCUGAAUACAGGAAAGAGAAGAAUCAUGAACUUGGUUUGUUUGCCAUCUUUGAUGGUCAUCUUGGCAAUCGUGUACCUAGUUAUUUGAAAGAUCAUCUUUUCAACAACAUCCUUGACGAGCCCAAUUUCUGGAAAGAUCCUGCCACUGCCAUUAAGAACGCUUAUCGCUCCACCAAUCAUUUCAUUUUGGAGAACUCCAUGGAAUUAGGCCCUGGGGGCUCUACCGCUGUCACUGCAAUUGUUAUCGACGGCAAAGGCAUAUGGGUCGCAAACAUUGGUGACUCUAGAGCUGUUGUGUGUGUAGGAGGCUUCGCCAAUCAACUUACAGUGGACCAUGAGCCACACACUGAAAGAAAAAGGAUUGAGAAGCAGGGUGGCUUUGUCAUAACCUUUCCUGGAGAUGUACCCAGGGUUAAUGGCCAACUUGCAGUUGCACGAGCUUUUGGGGAUCAAAGCCUUAGAGCGCAUUUAAGCUCAGAGCCUGAUGUGAGAUAUGUGCCUAUAGACUCAACUAUGGACUUUGUUAUCUUAGCGAGCGAUGGAUUGUGGAAGGUCAUGAAGAAUCAGGAGGCAGUUGAUUUAGUGAAACCAAUCAAGGAUCCAAGAGCGGCAGCUAAGCGCUUGACAACUGAGGCACUGGCAAGAAAGAGUAAAGAUGAUAUAUCAUGCAUUGUGAUCCGGUUUGGAUGAACCAGUGAGAGAGCACAUUGCCCCUACUUACCAAGGCCGCUUGCUUUGUUCAUGUCUUCUCUGUAAAAUGGUCAGCUGAUUGGGUGUGUCCGUAGGAAGCUUGGUUUGAGGCCUUUUUUGCUUGUGUUGUAGUAGUUUUGCUUUCAAAGAAAGGGAGUUAAGGUGGAAAUGUGUGCAUUUUUUUUUACCAAGGAAAGAUUUUCCUCAUCGAUCCAUGAGCCACCCUCUACCUCCCUAUACAGGGGGGGGGGGGUGUCCAUAGAGAUGAUUCAUGGGGAGUGGCAAGCUUGUUUCGCUGGAUUGAUGAUGAUAGAUAGAGAAACAAGGUGGUCUUAGGUUUUUAUUUAAUUCUGUGUACAUAACACAAUUUUCGUGUGCUGUCUUUGUUGCUGUGAUGAUAAUAAAUGCUUUGGUUUGGUAUA